AGUUAAGUUAAAUAGCAAUCGCUUAUCCUAUCGCUUCACCGCCACGUUAUCAUUGUAAAUCAUCAUCAAUGCCGUAACCGAAAUUCAUCAACACCAAACUUGAUAUCAUAUACCCACCACCAUUUCAACAUUCAAUUUCAAUCGCAAAACCUCAAACCAGAACGAUGAUGAUGAAUCCAAAAUCCAAAUCCAAAUCCGAUUUGUGGGAAGCAGAGAAUCGAAUCCAGAGGCUAUCCCAUCACCUAAACCCCAUCAUCCCUCGCGGUCGCGUUUACGACGACGAAUCGAACCACUUGGAGAUGGUAGCGUGCGCUCGUGUGAAGAAACUGAGCGUGGAUGCGGAUUCUCUGUCAAAUUACAUGAGGGGGAAACACAGAGACAUUCAGGAGAAGGUUUUUGAUUACUUCAAUGCCAAUCCGAACCUCCAAACCCCCAUUGAAAUCUCCAAGGAUCAACAUCGCCAACUCUGCAUGAAACAGCUCGUGGGGCUUGUUAGAGAAGCUGGGGUGAGACCCCUCCGUUACGUUACCGAUGAUCCGGAGAAGUACUUCGCCAUUGUGGAAGCUGUUGGUAGCGUCGACAUGUCACUCGGGAUCAAGAUGGGUGUGCAAUACAGUCUGUGGGGUGGUUCUGUUCUCAAUUUGGGAACCCAGAAGCAUAGAGAUAAGUACUUUGAUGGUAUUGAUAACUUGGACUACCCGGGUUGUUUUGCUAUGACAGAGCUUCACCAUGGUUCAAAUGUGCAGGGCCUUCAAACGGUUGCCACUUUUGAUCCAAUCACAGAUGAAUUUGUCAUUGAUACACCAAAUGAUGGUGCCAUCAAAUGGUGGAUUGGCAAUGCCGCGGUGCAUGGCAAGUUUGCCACUGUUUUCGCUAGGUUGAGGUUACCCAAUUAUGAUGCAAAAGGAGUUUCUGAUAUGGGUGUCCAUGCUUUCAUAGUUCCAAUCAGGGAUAUGAAGACCCAUAAACCACUUCCUGGAAUUGAGAUACAUGAUUGUGGACAUAAAGUUGGCCUCAAUGGCGUGGAUAAUGGAGCUUUGAGAUUCCGCUCUGUGAGAAUUCCUCGAGACAAUCUUCUGAACCGUUUUGGAGAUGUCUCUCGUGAUGGAAAGUACACAAGUAGUCUUCCUACGGUGAAUAAGCGGUUUGCUGCAACUCUAGGGGAACUUGUUGGUGGUAGGGUAGGCCUUGCAUAUUCUUCAGUUAGUGUCCUAAAGGUUGCUUCUACAAUUGCCAUCCGAUAUUCUCUACUACGUCAGCAAUUUGGACCUCCAAACCAACCUGAAGUCAGUAUCCUUGACUACCAGUCUCAACAGCAUAAGCUUAUGCCAAUGCUGGCUUCAACUUAUGCAUUUCAUUUUGCCACUUCAAGUUUAGUGGAGAAAUACUCUCAAUCGAAGAAGUCUCAUGAGGAAGAGUUAGUUGCAGAUGUCCAUGCUCUCUCGGCAGGUCUGAAGGCUUAUGUAACAUCGUAUACUGCAAAGUCACUCAGCAUCUGUAGGGAAGCCUGUGGAGGACAUGGUUAUGCUGCUGUAAAUCGGUUUGGUACCUUGAGGAAUGAUCAUGACAUCUUUCAGACAUUUGAAGGAGACAACACGGUUCUUCUUCAACAGGUUGCAGGUGAUCUUUUGAAACAAUACACGAGAAAGUUCAAAGGAGGGACUUUUACAGUGACAUGGAACUACUUGAGUGAAUCCAUGAAUACUUAUCUGUCACAGCCAAAUCCAGUUACUGCUAGGUGGGAAGGCGAAAACCACUUACGAGAUCCUAAAUUUCAAUUGGAUGCUUUCAGAUACCGAACAUCUAAGUUACUUCAAAGUGUUGCUGUACGACUGCAAAAGCACUCAAAAUCGCUUGGGCAAUUUGGUGCAUGGAAUAGAUGCUUAAAUCACCUAUUAACGCUUGCAGAGUCACAUAUUGAGUCGGUCAUCCUUGCUAAAUUCAUUGAAGCUGUGCAAAAUUGUCCUGAUCCAAGCGCUCAAGCUGCUCUGAAGCUCGUAUGUGAUCUUUAUGCUCUGGAUCGAAUAUGGAAUGACAUUGGAACCUACCGUAAUGUUGACUAUGUGGCUCCCAACAAAGCCAAGGCAAUACACAAGCUCACAGAUUAUCUGAGUUUCCAAGUGAGAAAUAUUGCAAGGGAACUUGUUGAUGCAUUCGAUCUUCCCGAUCAUGUUACUCGGGCUCCUAUUGCCAUGCAGACAGAAGCUUACACGCAGUACACACAACAUGUGGGAUUCUAAUAAAAGAAAACCUAAUAGAAGAUUGAUAUUCAUUUGGCCUAUGGAGGAAUUAACACCGAAAUUGUUUUAGCUUUAUUGUUGAAGUUGGACUAUGCCUGUGGUUGCAGCUGACAGAAGAACUCAGAGCUCUGAAUGACACAAUUCACUGCCAAAGCUGCUUCUUUAACCACAAAUGAAUCAUGAUGCUUCAGUCGUUUAGUCAAAGAUUAUUGGUUGCAAAUGUAAAAUAGAAAAUUUCAGGAUACGUACUAAGUUUGUCUAUUACGGCUUUCUUUAAGAAGCCAUGAAGAAGCAUCCAUAUUGCAAUAAUGAUUUUAAUUUUCAUGGUGAUGACAAUUAUUUUUCUUAUUAUGUGAAAACUGGCAGGCAGAGCUUUUUAAGUUCCUAUUAAGUGAUAUCUUAAUAAUAUAUAAAGCCCAUCCACCAAAGUGGGCCGUACUGUUAUUUAAUUUCCACA